CACACACACACACACACACACACACACACACACACACACACAUACACACACACAAGAAAAAGUAGACUUGCAAGCCUCCCGAGCUUUAAGGACAAAACACACGGGGCUGAAACAACUUCUAAACUCGGAGUUUAGCCGCUUGCGUCUCUACCUCCUCCUCCUUUCUUCUUCUUCUUCUUCCAUUCAGAAAAAAAAAUACUUUAGAGAAGAAGUCUGCGUCUGAGUGAAGUUUUAAUGCCUCGUGCAAAACAUGGGAUUUGCUCGUUAGCGGUGCUCUGAAGAAAAAUGUGUCCGUGUUGGAAACUUCCUCAAUGGGAUGUAUCGACGACUCGCCGGACUAAGCUGCUGAUAAAGGGACUAAACUAUCUCUCUAUUUGGAUUUAUUUCACCUAAGCGGGAGCUAAAGCGUCGAAAGCACGGACUUCAGAUGUGUCCCAUGCCGGCCAGAGCAGCAGCCCUUCAGUCCCGAGAUGGAUUCCAGAAGUCAGAGCGACAGCGACGGGGGAGGAGGACAGCGUGGCGGGUCGCCGUCAUCAACCGGCUCGCUGAACAGGCCCCGCGGCGAAGGAAGACCGCAACCCCAGCCUCCACAAACCCAAGAUAGUCCGCCAGAUUCCAACGGGCAACCGCCCCAUACUCCGGCAGUGCUGUCUCUGGAUGAGAUCAGGAUAACUGGGAGUAGUAAUGAGUAUACAGAAGGGCCAACAGUCGCCCAAAGGUCUCCAGCCUCUCUGCAGCGGCAACAGAAGAACGAUGUGGUUACUUCACCAGGUUCAAGGACCAGCGGGCUGCAGGAGACCCAGGAAGAGAGGCAUAAUAAUCUCCUCAACCUGCAUUCAUUGACUCAGCAUGAAAACACUUCCAUCCUGCCUAGGGAAGGCGUGCUACGAUCGGCCAGUGAUGACACGCAGAGUAGCAUCAGGACCAGUCAGGGGAGCGUUUCUUCAGGCCAGAGGCUCCUCAGCAGCCCGGCAGGCAGCAGCCAGAUAAUCAGAACGCAGCCGUCGCGCACAGAGCUGAAACCCUUGAACAAUGAGUCCAGGGCCGUGGUUGCCGUGCCAGGCGGCAGACGCUCUAAAUAUCAAGGUGUACACUCCAACAGGUGUGGAGACUGUGGUCGGUGCCUCUGCGCAGAGUGCAGGUGGGUGCUUCCUUACUGCUGGAUGUGCGGCCGUCGGUGCAUGUGCUCGUUGCAGAACGCGGUGGAAUACGGGACGUGCGUGUGCUGCGUCAAGGGGCUUUUCUACCACUGCUCCAGCGACGACGAGGACACGUGCACCGACAAGCCCUUCUCGUGCACGCAGCAGCACUGCUGCGCACGCUGGACUGCGGCGUCGUUCCUCGCCCUGCUCCUCCCGUGUCUCCUGUGCUACCUCCCGGCUAAAGGAUGCCUCGCUGUGUGCCAGAUGUGCUACGCCCGAGCGUCUAGACCAGGCUGUCGUUGCCAGAACCCAAAUCGCAUUCACCGUGAGGAUUAUGGCAAGCCAGCAUAGAUGAGAUUGUGUUGGGAAAAAAAAAGAAGGAUGGAGAGACUCCAUGAUGACUGAAAUUAUGAUAUUUGGCCUUGUAGCUCUGAAGUCUUGUCUAGUGAGCAAAUGAUACUGUUGUGUUUUGAGUUUUCCGACCCGGCCAAACAUUUUCUUGGACUUUCCGUUGAGGUUCAUACACUCAGCCUAGCAUCAAAAGAAGCGCUCCCCCAUGUUAAAAAAAAGUAUGAAGAAACAUUCAACUACUGUUUUGUCCUUGAAAGAAUUUCAGAUAUUCUAUCGUUGCUAUGAGAGUCCAAAUGGAUAGCCUUUUGUUUUAACAUUUAAUACAACUGAUAUGCUAAGAGCAGACUCCUGUUACUAACUGUAUGUGCGGUAGUAAGGGGUAUGUACGAUAGAAACGAGUUAAAGAGAUGUUUUAUUUUUGUACAUAUAAGAAUACUUCAACUGUGAAACGUUUCCGCCACACCAGAGGCGCCUGGAUGACUCCACAUUUCAAUGAAUCAGUCGUACACUCCCUGAAAUGUACAUCAAUCAUUUUAAUGUCAUUGACAAAGGUAAAGUCUUAUCCCUUCUACUUGUAAAUUGUACAGUGACCCUAUAUGAAAAGUUUAUUUUCUAAUUCUGACAUUGCUUAGUGUAAAGUUUAAAAAAAUAUAUAUAUUUAUUUGAAGGUUUAUUAUUUUAUAAUGAAAAUAUUUAUUUUGAGAAAGCAUUGUUCAUGUGUCACCUCUAAUGUGGGCUUCUCUGUUGUGGCCGCAGAUAUUGAGGUGCCCCGUAUGAGUGUCAAAGCUGGAUAGUUCACUAUGAAUUAGAAGACAAAUAUAUUAACGUUUGAAAUUAAACAACCUUGAAGUUUGACAGAUUA